AUGGCAUGCAACAAGAAAGCUGCUCUGGUCGGCUUGUUAUAUCUGGUCCUAGUUGCCAUGGUUAAUGUUGUGAGUGGCUCGGAAGAGGAGUCUACCUCUCAGAAAGAGAUUAAGACUCUGUGUGAACCCACUGAUUAUCGUGAAACUUGCGAGCAAGCCUUGGUGAAUUCGCAUACCGACUCAGAAGACCCACGUGAGUUAAUGAAGGCAGGAUUCCAUGCUGCUAUUGAGCAUCUCAAAUCGGUCAUUGGAAAUUCCACCACUAUGAAAGAAGCUGCCUCUGACCCUUUGGUGAAGAAGGCACUUGAUGAUUGCAACGAGCUCAUGGAUUACGCAAUUGAUGAUCUUUUAUUAUCGUUUGAUAAAAUUACCGAUAAUUUUGAUUACAAUAAAAUGAAUGAUUAUACUGAGAAUCUUAAGAUUUGGUUGAGUGGUGCAUUGACGUAUCAAGAAACAUGUUUGGACGGGUUUGAGAAUGUUACCGGUGAUACUGGUGAAAAGAUGCAGAAUUUGUUGAAGAUAUCGAAGGAAAUGACCGCUAAUGGGAUUGGGAUGGUGGGUGAGCUUACAUCCAUUGUCACCUCUCUUUGGGAAGGGUUGGGGCUGCCAUCGAUAGGGCUAGGGCGAGUUCUCAAAGAAGAGGAAGAGCCAUCUUGGGUCAAUGACAGACGGGGGCUUCUCCAAUCUACUGGGGUCAACAUCAAAGCGAAUGUGGUAGUGGCUAAAGAUGGAAGUGGAAAGUACAAGACAAUAACCGAAGCCCUUCAAGAGGUCCCAAAGAAGAGCAAUACAACCUUUAUCAUUUAUAUCAAGGAAGGAGUUUACGAAGAGCAAGUAAUGGUCGACAAAAAAAUGACCUAUGUCAUGAUGAUUGGAGAUGGCCCGACUAAGACCAAGAUCACUGCUAGAGAAAACUUUGUUGAUGGAACAUCCACAUUCAAAACUGCUACCGUUUCGGUGAUUGGAACCAACUUCAUCGGAAAAGACUUGUGGUUCGAGAACUCAGCUGGGGCUGCAAAGCAUCAAGCUGUUGCACUCCGAGUUCAAUCUGACAUGUCAAUCUUCUAUAACUGUCGAAUGGACGGCUAUCAAGAUACUCUCUACACUCAUGCCCACCGUCAGUUCUAUCGAGACUGCACCAUCACAGGUACCAUCGACUUCAUCUUUGGCAAUGCUGCUGUCGUGUUCCAAAAUUGUAAGAUCUUCGUGAGGAAACCAAUGGACAAUCAGAAAUGCAUUGUCACCGCCCAAGGUCGAACCGAGAAGAAAGAGCCUACCGGUAUAAUCCUCCAAAACUGCGUCAUCUCUUCCGACCCUGACUACUUCCCCGUCCGCCAUACCAACAAGGCCUACCUUGGCCGCCCAUGGAAGCAAUAUUCAAGAACCAUUAUCAUGCAAUCCCAAAUCGAUGACUUGAUCCAGCCCGAAGGAUGGCUUCCAUGGACAGGCGAUUUUGCUCUCAAUACUCUAUUUUACUCCGAGUUCGAAAAUAGAGGACCCGGUGCAGCAACCCAAAAUCGGGUCAAGUGGAGGGGAGUUAAACAAAUCACAGCAAAGCACGCCCUUGAUUUCACUCCUGGAUUGUUUAUUCGUGGUAAUCCUUGGAUCAAGCACACUGGAGUACCGUACACUUCCGGCAUGAUGGCAGUAUAAAUCUACAUAGAGAGAAGUUUAA